UCAGAAGUGAGUCUGAUUCGGAAAACAAGUCGCAACAUCAGCCGAGAUUUCGUUUCAAGAUAGCCGUGAUUUCUCGCUCUGAGUAUUUUCCCAGAAGUCACGAUGGAUUUGAUAGCUUUUUGUCAUGUGUCUGAUCUCAAAAACAAGAAUUCAUGAUGUGUUGAUUUCUACAGCUCGAGUAAAGUAAGAUGUUCCUCAUUCUUGUUUUGUCUCAGGAAGUUAGCAAACACUGACGGCUGAGUGAGAAAUAAGUAUAUAAUUUCGUAUCAUUUGAAAAAGCAAUUCACUGACGAUCAAGUAGAUUGUUGAGCAAUCGUAUCAAAAUGGUUCUUCCGUACAAAAGUAUGGUUGGGGGUCACGUCGUGCAGUGGGGAAAAGUUGAAAAGCAAGGUGGAUACUACCACGGACAGUGGAUGGCGAUCAUCACCGGUGCUAGGUGUGUCAUUGCCGGAAAUCGUUCCGGCAAGAAGAACGUGUUCGCACCCACGCAGGAAACGGUGCUCGAGAAGGCAAUCACGUUCAUUACCUCCGGCACCAUAGCUUCUAAUAUUGGAAGUGCUUCGACAGGAGGGCUUGUGCGGAAAAGUAACGACAAGGCUCCACACUCCAGGCACGCUGCUGUAUUGUCGACCGAAAACGGCAUUUCCAGUAGUACCGACAAUGGCAAGGUCCUAACAAAUGUGGUGCAGUACUACGGCCACCGAUUCGCGUACGGAAAGGUGAAGAAAGUAGGUGGUCCGUUUGAGAACCAGUGGAUGAUUCGAAUCACCGGGGGGCCUGCCUGUCCACCAGGUAGCGGAAAGAAGGACUUUUUCGGUGUGAAUGAGCACGAAGCAAUCAAGAAAGCACAGACGUUCGUCGACUCUUGGCGCCAGACUCAAACGUCAUCCCCCACUACAUCGCUCUCCCAAGAAGCCACCAGCAUCAGGAGCUUCACUGGUCCUUGUAGUUUGGGCGGAAGCAGCAGCAGCAGCAUUAGUAGCACGGGUUCAAGACAGCUUUCCUCCACCGGGUCGUGCUGCACCAUCUGCUUGCUUGAUCCUGCGAACGAGGUAGCAAUAGUACCAUGCGGCCAUUGUUUCUGCCGAACCUGUGCGUCUACUCUGGCGCCAGAGUUUCUGCGACCCCCGGAAGGACUCUGCUGCCCGACGUGUCGCGGAAAAGUAACCAUGCUCAUGAAGAUUUAUCCAUCUUAGACUAUUACGUCUCGCGCUAUGCAUUCACAAUGAGUGACCCAUUAAAAUUGUAUAAUGUUGAUGUAGUUGAGACUGGUGCUCUGCCGCCAGGACUAGUCUUACUUCUAAAAAUUACCCCAUGCUUCUCGUUCUUAUAAAAAUGUGAAGGUCCUCUCUAGUAUUCCGUACAUCAAACGCAUUGUGACUUGCAUAGUAGCAUCAAAGCUAGAAUUAUACGUAGAUUCGAACAACAACAAAUUUAGCACAAGGCAUCUCCGUCCUCAUGCAGCCUACUAGGAAAUAUAGAUACUCAUCAAUCAACAUCGUCACGCGAACAUGAUUGAUAGAGAAGAUUGUCAUGAUCCAGCUUUCAAAUUCCAGAAAACAAAAAACCUAGACAUCGGAAAG